AUGCGGGGGCACCAGGCCCGGUGGCCGCGUCCUCGGGGCUGCGGGCCAGUCGGCGCCCGCACCGCUCGGAGCAGUACCAGCACGGCCGGCACUGCUGGCUGCGGGCUCGCUGGAGCCCUGCUGCUUCGGCUGGGGGUCGGCUGAGCGGGCCCCAUGCGGGGCUGGGGGCCGAAACCAACCUUCACUCCCCUCCAGCGUGUGCGAGCCUGUCACGUGUGCAAGAGACACGCGUUCCAGGGCGGCUGCCUGUCCCCCCACCCGCGCCAGCAGUGCCGGGCCGUGCUGUACUGCUCCGAGCGGUGGGGCGCCGACUGGGCCCGCAGCCCCGAGGACGCGGCCCCGGCCUGGUGCCCCCGCAUGGCCGGGUACCUGCCCGCAGCUGGGUUCAUACGGGGGUCCCCCAUUUCCCUUGCAGAGGUGACCAGCGACGGGUUCAACAAGGGAGGGGUUCCUGGCGGCCCGGGGGUGACGGGGGUACUGGGCCACGAGAGCAUGCUGGUCCGCCACCGACACGGUGUGGCUGGGGGGCGGACUGACUGGAGACCCGCUCCUGCAGAGCGGUAACCCUUCGAAGCGCUGAGGCGAGGGGCACGGCUCUGCCCCCUCCCGGACCCUGCACCCAGGACCUAUUUCAUCCCGGAGCUGAACAUCCUGAACAAACAGUCGCUGCGGAUUCACAUCGUGGAGACGGGGAAGGAGUCGGACAUGGCCCCCCUCUUCUGGGAGCUGUCGGUGCUGCUGCCCCACGUGUCGCUGGAGCUGCUGUUUGUGGGGGGCACGUUGCCCCCCGAGGCCGACGGGCAGCAGGUCCUGCUGCAGAGAACGGAGGCGCAGGGGGUGCGCGUCUGGUCGGGCCCGGCCCCCAAAACCAAGGGAGGGCGGGGGGGGCUGCAGCUGAAAUUCUGUGCCCAGGCCCCACCCCUGCUGCCGGGCCCCAAACCCGACCUGGUCAUUGGGUUCAAUUCUGGCUUUGCACUGAAGGACACCUGGCUCAGCGCCCUGCCCCGCCUGCAGCUCCGGCCCCGAGCCUGGUCCCUGACCUACUGCCCCGGCUGCCAUGGCCCCCGGCGGCCGGCCGCAGAAUGCCUGGUGUCCCGGCAGCUCCCGCCCCGACGCCUGGUCCCCGCACCUCUGGCCGCUGCCUGGCCCCUAUCGGCGGCCUGGCCCGACUCGCGCCUGGUCCCUGCCCUCGGCCCCGCUGCCGCCCCCCGGCGGCUCGGCCGCCGAGUGCCUGGCCUGCACUGCCGCCCCGGACGCCGCUCCCCUCCCGGCACGCGGGCCACCGCUGGCCUGAGGCCCCGGCGCUCUGGCCCGGACUUCCCGGCACCCGCCAGCGCCUGGCCCCCUCCCUGCACCUCUGCCCGGCGAUGCCGGCCGGCGUCUGGCCCCGGACGCUGGGUCCUGGCACCCCUGGCCCGGCCUGGCUCCCCCCCUGCAGUCUCCGGCCACCGGACGCCUGCCCGGCCUCCGGACGCCUGGGCCCUGGCAACCCUGCCCGGUGCCUGGCUCCCCCCCUGGCGGCUCCGCCCCGACGCCUGGGCCCUGCCAACUCUGGCCCAGGCUGCCUGGCCCCUCCCGGGCCGGCUCCGGCCCCGCGCCUGGGUCCUCCAGGUGCUCCGUCUACCCCACAGCGCUCCGGGUCCCCGGCCUACUCACGAGUGCAGCGAGUACAGCUGCGCGUGGGACGGGCCACCGGACCUCAGGCCACGGGGGCAGCGCGGCCCGCCCACGCAACCCCUUCCGCCUCCGCCCUCUCGCCAGCCGGCCAUCGACAACGCCAUGCCCCUGUACUCCAACGCCUUCACUUCCCCUGCGUACAGGAGGGGGGGGGCGCGGCAAGCCCCAGGGCCGCCCCCACCCCACCCCACCCCUGCCCGCCAGGGGCCGGAGCCGGGCCCAGGCCGUGCCCGUCGGAAGGAGAAGCGGCAGAACCGCAGCAGCCGCCGGCGCAAAUGA